AAGAAACAAAACAUUCCCACUUUACAAAAUUCAUUCAUUUGUGUGAUUCUUGAUUUUUUCUAUUUUUCUCAAAAAAAAUUAAAAACACAAAAAAAAAAAAAAAGAAUAUUAUUUGAAGCAGUGUUUGCCAGUCUGCCACCAAACAUCUCUUUGAAUCCAAGUUUUCUUAAACUGGAGUUUGCUUUGAUCUUUAUACUUCACCAACUGAGAUUUCAGUUCUGAUUUGUUUUCUAGUUAAAGAUUUUCAGAUUUGAAUACCCUUUUGAUUUAGCUUCAAUUGGUGUUCAAUUUACUUGAAAAAGAUUAUUACUUUGACCAUUUUUUGAAGAUUCUUGAAUAUUUUUUAUGGGUUUUUGAGUAAUUUGUUCAAGACUUCUGCUUUGAUGAGUAUGUUAUAGAGAGAGAAAGUAGAGAGAGAAGAUGAAGAGAUCAACUCCAUUUACACUGUUCUUGAUUAGUUUGGGUGUCUUUAUAGCUACUUGUGAUGCUACUCAACCACCUCAAGUUCAUGCUCUUUCUAUGUUUAAAGAAACCAUAUUUGAUGACCCAUUAUUGGUUUUAUCAAGCUGGAAUGCUCUUGAUUCAGAUCCUUGUAACUGGGUUGGUGUUUCUUGUUCUGGAAAUCAAGUGACAAAGCUGAACAUUUCUCACUCAUCUAUAACGGGAUUUAUUGCUCGUGAACUUUUUCAGCUUGCUUCCUUACAAGAACUGAUUUUACAUGGCAACAAACUCAUUGGUUCAAUACCAAAAGAAGUCGGAUCACUAAAGAACCUGAAAAUCUUAGAUUUGGGGAUGAACCAGAUAUCUGGACCGAUUCCUCAUGAAAUCGGGAAUUUGGUUAACAUUGUUAUAAUAAACCUGCAGUCGAAUGGGUUGACUGGUCAACUGCCUGCAGAGCUUGGCGAUCUUAAAUACCUUCGAGAACUUCGGUUGGACAGAAAUAAGUUGCGUGGCAAUGUUCCGGGUGGCAAUGGUGCGGUUGUUUCCAACACGCAAGGAAUGUAUGCUUCAAAUGUAUCUAGAUUCGGUUUUUGUCGCUCGGCUUCGUUAAAAGUUGCAGAUUUCUCAUACAACUUUCUUGUUGGAAGCAUACCUAAAUGCUUGGGAUACCUUCCUAGGACGAGCUUUCAGGGUAAUUGCCUACCGUAUAAAGACAUCAAGCAACGAACAUCUGAACAAUGUGCCAGUGGUGCUCCGCCAGCUAAGCAUAAAACCGGAGAGACGAAACACAGCCCGCCUACAGCGGGACACAACCAACAAGCUUCGUCCACUUCAAAACCAUCAUGGCUUUUAAUUCUUGAAAUAGUGACCGGAGUAAUGGUCGGUUCUCUCUUUCUAGUAGCCAUUUUCACAACUUUUCACCGAUGCAAAAACAAGUCUUCGAUUAUUAUUCCUUGGAAGAAAUCUGGAAGUGACAAAGACCACAUGGCAUUCUACACGGAUCCCAAUAUGUUGAAGGAUGUGACGAGAUACAACCGACAUGAACUUGAAGUAGCAUGUGAAGAUUUUAGCAAUAUUAUCGGGUCGUCGUCGGAUAGUUUGGUUUACAAAGGAAACAUGAAAGGUGGGCCCGAAAUCGCGGUGAUUUCGCUUUGCGUCAAAGAAGAGCAUUGGAAUGGUUAUCUUGAGCUUUAUUAUCAGAAAGAGGUGGCAGAUCUAGCAAGGCUAAAUCAUGAGAACACAGGGAAACUAUUGGGCUAUUGUAUAGAAAACACUCCAUUUACAAGAAUGUUAGUCUUCGAAUAUGCGUCAAACGGGACGUUGUAUGAACACCUUCAUUAUGAAGAAGGGUGUCAAUUAAGCUGGACAAGAAGAAUGAACAUUGUUAUAGGCAUUGCCAAAGGUCUAAAGUAUCUCCACACUGAAAUCGAACCACCGUUUACUAUUUCCGAGUUGAAUUCCAGUGCUGUAUAUCUCACAGAAGAUUUUUCACCUAAGCUUGUUGAUUUUGAAAGCUGGAAAACAAUUCUUACGAGAUCAGAAAAUAACUCGCGCUGUAUUAGCAACGAGGGCGCUACAUGUGUUCUUCCAAGUUCUUUGGAAGGACGCCAGCUGGACAUCCAAGGCAAUAUUUACGCUUUUGGCGUUCUUUUGUUGGAAAUAAUCAGUGGACGUCCGCCACUCUGCAAGGACAAAGGAUGUCUGGUAGACUGGGCUAAAGAUUAUCUCGAAAAACCCGAAGAGAUGGCUUCUGUUGUCGAUCCUGCACUGAACCAUUUUCGUGAGGAAGAUUUGAAGGUGAUAUGUGAAGUAGUUUCAAUUUGCAUUCAUUUAAGGCCGCGCGAUCAAGUGUCGAUGCAAGAUUUGUACGCGAUUUUGGAGAGCAAAAUCGACACUUCGGUUUCUUCAGAGCUCAAGGCAUCUUCUUUAGCUUGGGCUGAGCUUGCACUAUCUUCUUGAUCCGAAUAAUAAAAGCUAACAAACUGUAAAUUAAACAUAUAUAAUGUGUUUUAACUAUUAAUACCCGAUUAAAGAUUGUUGUUUGAUUGAUCAUUCGGUGAGUUUAUGUAAAUUUUUCGCCUAAUGUAAGAGUAUAAGUGAGUUACAUGCUGACACAACUCCUUGUCUGUUGUUGUAUUCCAUUCUUCAGUUUUAUUAAUAUCUCAAAUUUUUGUAA